GUCCCCACGGGCCCCGGGCGGCUCCAGCCGCCCUCUGCCCUCCGCCUUGGUGGGGGUGCUGCUUCUCCCGUGGGAGCGAUGGUUUCCCCAAACGGAGAAAACGAAACCUCAGUGGGCGGACUAGAGGGGCGACGCGGGCGCCGCCACCCGCUCCGCCGGGUUUCUGCACCUGCGGCGCUUACUCCCCCCCACCCCCGCGCGAUGGCUCGACUGAGGCCCCCAAGACUCAAAUGAGAGGCGUUGGGGUGCGGUGGGGGUCACAGUGAUGCAGGACGGCGGGGGCCGACGCGUGGGGAAGGGGAGUCCUCACCUGCCUCCGGAGGCCAAAGUGUAUUUUGACAUCCCGCCUGUCUGUAUAUACGUAUGUGUCUAGUCAAGGUGCCAUCGAGCAGUCCCAGCGAUGGAAGGUAAGCCAUUGGUGAUAUCGAAAGAGAAGACUGCAGUGGUGUGUGGGGUCCCCACCCAGGUGGUCUGUACAGCCUUCAGCACUCACAUCCUGGUGGUGGUGACCCAGUUCGGGAAGAUGGGUACCCUGGUCUCCCUGGAACCCAGCGAUGUGACCAGUGACGUCGGCAAGCCCGUGCUGACCACUAAAGUCCUCCUCGGGCAGGACGAGCCUCUCAUCCAUGUCUUCGCAAAGAAUCUGGUGGCGUUUGUGUCUCAGGAAGCUGGGAACAGAGCAGUCCUUCUCGCCCUAGCCGUGAAGGACAAGAGCAUGGAGGGGGUGACGGCCUUGAAAGAGGAGAUCCGGACGUGCCAGGUGUGGUGACUGCGGAGUAACCAGCCCUGCUGUCCAGCAGGGCCACGUGGCAACUCGGACACCCUCUCAAGGAUUUGAAGACCCUCCCUUCGUCAGGAGGAGGGGCUUUAUCUGGUUUUGGUCCUUGAAGCUGGAAGAAACAUGCACGUCUCAGGCCGACUUUGGUUUGGGGGCUGACGUCACCUGCGGAGGGAGGACGUGGAAUGUGUCCUGGGGCGUUGUGAGCGGUCCUCCCUGGGUCCACACAGUUGCACAUGUUUGAGAAUUGACGGAACGAGUCAUGGCCCUCAGCGUGCAGAUGAAUUGUUGGGGGAAAUUUUUUUUUUAUUAAAAAUAAAUGCGUAUCCCAAAAUACUUCACUGUCCUUUUUAGCAAUGCCGCCAA